AUGAAUGAUAAUCAAAUAAGAGCCGAAGGUAGAAGGUUAUUUAAACGCUUCUAUAACAUUCCUGAUGGUGUUAAUCCUAAAACUCGUAGAAGUUAUUUAAAUGAAGCCAUAGAUGCAUAUGAAGGAUUUGACAUUUCAUCAGAAAGUGAGAGGUUAGCAAGAAUGUUAAACGUUAAUAUUGAUUUUUAUUAUUGUGACCCUCAACCAGAAGACGUAGACAUUAACAAGGUAGACUUUCCAUUAGUGGAAUCAAUAAUGAUAGAUCCAGAAUUUGAAACAGUAAAUAUUUUAUUAACACAGAGUCCAAAUGGAAAACUUCACGCUGACAGAAUAACAGACGUUGAAGCACUCACUGGUUAUAAAGUUUGUCCAUAUUGUAAAGAAGAAGUUUAUUCUAUCCGUGAUGAUCCAGAAAGGAAAAACCAAAGAAGAUUUUUAAAGCAUUGUGAGAAAUGUAAAGAAAAUAAUGGAAGAUUAAUUCAAGACGUUCAGUUGCAAAAGACACAGCAACCAUAUGCACCACAUAUUACGAAACAGAAGAUAUAUCAGUGGUUAUUAGCACAUAAUUUGCAGGAAUAUUAUAAACCAACAAGAUAUUAUAUUACUUUUGACUUCGAAACAUUAGAGACUAAAGAAGAACUUCAACUUUCUGAAUGUGCAACUUUGAACGCUUACUUAAAACCAUUUAUGGUAUCAUCAACUGUCAAAAUAAGCCGCAAAGCGGCGAGGUCGUAG